CGUUAUUGGCCGAUCAUGCGCCACAGUGCGUUCCAAAUAGCCGAGGAAUGUUCUUUGGCCUCGUUGUCGUUCUUCCUUCUGAUUGGCUACUCGUUUAGUUUGCCGCCCGGCGAUUGGCUGACCGCUCUGGCAAGGUUUUCGGGGGGAAAGAUGGCGAAUUUGAGGAGUUUGAAGGGCCUGGUUGGCAUUGUCACCGGUGGAGCCUCAGGUCUUGGCCGGGCCACAGUAGAACGAUUGAUACGGCAAGGAGCCAGCGCCGUCAUUCUAGAUUUACCUAGUUCUGACGGGAAGAACGUUGCCCAAUCCCUCGGAGGGAAGUGCGCAUUUGCUCCCACAGAUGUGACCUCAGAAGCCGACGUGAACAAUGCGCUGGAAGUGGCGCGCUCUCAGUUUGGAGGGGUGAACAUCGUGGUAAACUGUGCUGGAAUUGCAGUCGCUAUAAAAACCUACAACAAAAACAAGCAGAAGCCUCAUAGCUUGGAGGAUUUCCAAAAAGUUAUAAAUGUAAACAUUGCUGGCACAUUUAAUGUUAUUCGCCUGGCAACGGGAGAAAUGAUAAAGAAUGAGCCAGACAAGGAUGGACACAAGGGCGUCAUAGUUAAUACAGCUAGUAUUGCUGCUUUUGAUGGACAGGUUGGACAAGCAGCGUACUCUGCUUCCAAAGGAGGAAUCGUAGGAAUGACUCUCCCCAUUGCCCGAGAUCUGGCUCCACUUGGGAUUAGAGUUGUGACCAUUGCACCUGGAUUAUUUGCUACCCCUCUACUGCUCGGACUUCCUGAAAAGGCAAGAGAAUUCCUGGCUAAGCAAGUACCUUUCCCAAGCAGACUAGGCGACCCUGAUGAGUAUGCCCACCUGGUACAGACCAUCGUAGAAAACCCCAUGAUAAAUGGAGAGGUCAUCCGUCUGGACGGUGCCCUUCGUAUGCAGCCUUAAUAACGUGAACACCUUUAUAGGAGAACACUAAGCCUUCCGUCCAUGACGUAAGACAUCUUUCAUCGGUUACACAAGGAGCAGCAAUGGAACAUCCAAGAAGACCGUCAUGGCAGUGAUGACCCUGAGCUGCCUCUGAUGCCAGGAAUGUGCCCUGAAUGUUCAAAAAAAUGACUUAGAACAAAGUGUUUCCCAGCCAGGGUGCCUCCAGCUGUUGCAAAACUACAACUACCCUGCAUGCCCGGACAGCCUUUGGCUGUCCGGUCAUGCUGGGAGUUGUAGUUUUGCUACAGCUGGGGGCACCCUGGUUGGGAAACGCCGACUAAGAAAAUUGUUAUUGAUUGUGUCAUAGAAUUGUCCAUACAUGAGUGUGGAAGCUAAAAAAUAAAUUUCACUAUUUGAUUUA